CAGGAUCUGCCGUAGAUUAUCUCAUCUCGGGCGACAAUACACAAACAGUUGGUGACAGUGAGUUGAAAAGCAAAAGCCAUCAGACAGCAGUAGCAGUGUUUACCCCGUUGAAGAAAUUCACCAUGCCUAAGUGUCCAACGUGCAACAAGGAGGUGUACUUUGCUGAGAAGGUUUCCUCCAUUGGGAAGGACUGGCAUCGAGGAUGUCUGAAGUGUGCAAAGUGCGGCAAGACAUUAGCUUCCGGGAGCCAUGCUGAGAGAGAAGGAAAACCAUAUUGCCAUAAUCCGUGUUAUUCGGCAUUGUUUGGACCGAAAGGGUACGGACACGGUGGAACAGAAAGCCACACCUUCGACAAAUAAAUAAAAGCUCAAGAAACCAAUUAACCAAUUCAUUCUAUGUCUCCAAUUUCUUAUACAGUGUUCAAUUAAUUAUAUGUUAUAGCAAAUUAAUCUUUUUAAUAUGUUUACGAAAUAUAAAUUGCGUGUAAAUUUUACAUUCGAAAUGUUUAGAUUGAAAUUUUUAUUUACUCAAUAAAAACUUCCUAAACAG